CCCAAAUAGUAAGUUUUGUGUUGGGCUUCUUUAUUCUAGCGACUGUAGUAUUGGAUCAUAUGUUUCAUUUGAGUGCCAUAAUGUCUUAUGCUUGUCUUGCUAUAAUGAUCAUCCUUCUUAUGGCUCCUUUGGCUAUUCUUAUUAAGAUGACAUUUUUCCAAAAGAGAACUAGCAAAUCAGAGAUACUUGACCAACCAAUUGGGUCGUUGGACAGUUCAAUUGAAGAAGGUAAUGUAGACAAAUUAGAACCACUGUUGGAGCCAUCUCCUUCAACAACAGACUUAGGAAGCUUUCACAAGAGCAAUGAUGUGUCAGAGAUUGCUAUUCUUCUUGCAGAAGGUGAGGGUGUAGUUAAGAAGAAAAUAAGCCCCAAAAGAAGGGAAGAUUUCAAAUUUAGAGAAGGUGUAAUCAAGGCAGAUUUUUGGCUUCUUUUCUUUGUUUAUUUUGUUAGAGUUGGCUCUGGGGUAAUAGUUCUUAAUGAUCUAGCUCAAAUAGGGGUUGCAUAAGACAUUCAUGACAUAACAAUCUUGUUGUCUAUCUUUAGUUUUUGUAAUUUUGUCAGUCAACUUGGUAGAGGAAUUGUUUCUAAACAUUUUGUUAGGUCAAUACAGUCUAAGCAAAUACAUGCAUUAUUGAUGCAUCAUCAGUAUAUUAGCCCUUCUUGCAUGUCCUUAGCUUCAAUGGCAAAACUUAUAGCACAUUGCGACAAUGUCUAUUUUUUCAUUCUCCUUUA